CAGUAUUUAACAAGGCGCGCGGGUCGCACGGGGUGGAGUAGAGCUGAUUGCUGUUGUUCUCGAUAUCGGAUACUUCUGCAGAAAUCUGGAGUAACUUCAACCAACCUCCUUACUAAUAACGGCAUAGGAAACAUUUUAAAGUUACAUAACCGAUCAUGCCUGUGCAACGCAUGAAAAUGAGACCUUGGUUGGAGAAGAAAAUUGAACACCAGGAAAUUCAAGGGCUGAGAUGGGUCGACACGGAGAAGAAAAUAUUCUCCAUUCCAUGGAAGCACGCGGCUCGUCAUGGCUGGGAAAUGGACAAAGACGCGUCGCUCUUUAUGCAGUGGGCCAUUCAUACAGGGAAAUACAAGCCCGGUGUCACCCACCCUGACCCAAAAACGUGGAAGGCCAACUUCCGCUGUGCCAUGAACUCCCUCCCGGACAUCGAAGAAGUCAAAGCAAAAAGCGUUCACAAGGGCUCAGAUGCCGUCAGAGUCUACAGAAUGUUGCAAUCUGUCACCAAGAAAAAAGAAAAGAAAUCAAGGACGAAAGAUAACAGAAGAAAGAUGAAGGUCGUUGAGUCAGAUACCAAAAUGGAUGAUGUGGACCACAAACAAUCAAAAACAGAGACAACUGUUCAGGAUGAACCCAUGCAAGAGACGACAGUGGACAGUUCAGAGAAUCAAGUCAGUUCAUCCCACCAGUAUGGGAACGAGGAAGAUUUCUCCAACUGGCCUCCCGCAGUGACGACAACCGUAUCCGAAGUUGACAGCACUAAUGUGUUCCAUUUCCAGGUGUCACCUUUACCGUCCUCAGGCUUUGAAGAUGAUGAGGCAGUUCUCAUUGAUCUGGCUUAUGAGCAAGAACAGUGGCAGCAAAGCAGCAUAGAUGGCAAAGGGUUCCUGAGCAAUGACAUGGGGGCUGCAGAUUCCAGUCACAGUCAGGACAGCUUAUACUCUGGGGCAGAAAACGAGUUGUAUUACUCCGAGCUGCAUUCCGAAACUUCUGGUGCUAUUAGAGACUACGAGACCAGCAACGGCAUGAAUUUUUACCCAAGUCAGCCAAUUUGCUGCCCUCAUUGAAUGCCAUGGGAUUGUGAUUUAUCAGCUGUGGAGAAAUUUAUACACAGACAUUUUACCUGUAAGGGUAACGGGCAUAUAAUUUGAACUAUUUUCAAGGAUUUAUAUAUUUUUUAUGAACAGUGCUGAUAUUAAUGUUUAAACUGUGCUAUUUCUUUUUUGUGGAAGACUAUUGCACUUUAUAUAUAAAACAAUUAAACUACCACUCAACUAAAUGCAUAAUAAAUGUUCUAAUUAGGCCCAAAUAUGCAGGAAAAAAACGUUUUAUACUGCUACUACUGUAACUGCUAUGGCUGUAUCGAUGUUUAGAUGCCAUUUAGUUUAGCACCUUCUGCUGCAAAGCACUGUCUCUGUGAUUUUUAUGGACAAUUGGAAAAGGAAGGAAGAGCAAAAACUGAAAAGAAAAAAAAUGAUGAGGCAAAAAAAAUAAUAUUGCUGUUCAGAGAAAACAAAGAUUGUCAAAUGUCUUUAAAGAAAAUUAAGAGUAUUCCAUUUGGAAUAUUUGUGGCAUUUACAAGUGGGGGGGGGGGGGGGGUUGGUUGAUUUCCUUAAGAUGUCUAUAAGUCUAUCCAUUUUUGGUGUUUUGGUCAUGUACAUAAUUGUAUAUUUGUAAAAAGACUAUUUUUGUACAAAAUAAACCAAAUUGUACUUA